AUGGGAGUUCAAAAGAAAUCUCGAAAGUUUGCACAAGCAAAGAGGGCAAUCUCGCUCCGUGACAAUCGCUUGAAGGAGAAUGCAAAGAAGGAGGAGGAUAAGCGCAGAACCGGCAAAGAUGACCUUGUUCGCGAAGCGCCCCAGGUUCCGUCGUCCCUUUUCUUCCAGUACAACACCGCCUUGACACCUCCAUACUCUGUACUGGUCGACACCAACUUCAUUUCUCAUACCAUUCAGCACAAAUUGGAAAUCAUUCCCACCAUGAUGGACUGCCUCUAUGCCAAAUGCACACCCGUCAUCACUGACUGCGUGAUUGCUGAAUUGGAGAAACUUGGCCAGAAAUACCGGUUGGCCCUUCGCGUUGCGAAAGAUCCUCGGUUCGAGAGAAUCAAAUGCGACCACAAAGGAACCUAUGCCGAUGAUUGUCUCGUUGAUCGGAUUAUCAAGCACCGUGUGUAUAUUGUUGCGACGAAUGAUCGUGACCUUAAGCGACGGAUUCGUAAAAUUCCCGGUGCCCCGAUUAUGAGUGUGGCGCGAGGCAAAUACGUGAUUGAACGUCUCCCCGAUGCCCCCGAAAAGUGA